AUGCCAUCGUGGGUGAUUGCUGGAGCGUCUCGCGGGAUCGGGCUGGAGUUCGUCAAUCAACUGUCGGCCAACUCGGCGAAUGAGGUUUUUGGCAUCAUUCGCAGUGCCCCAAACCCCGAGCUGUCCGAGCUGGCCUCCAGCAGAAAUAACCUCCAUAUCAUUCAGGCGGAUGUGUCCGACGCCAGCAGUCUCUCCCGCGCCGCCCAGGAGGUCGCAGCGCGGACUGGAAACAAAUUAGAUGUUCUCAUCCAUAACGCCUGCUCGACAGGACUUGAGUUCCGCUUCUAUCCGGCAACGGCAUUCACCGAUAAGCCAGAUGAAUUGAAGAAAGAACUCGAUGCGUGUGUCUGUUUCCGUCCUCUCAACUUCUGCGCCUCUUCAGCCGUGAAGCUCACUCUUUCCCAGGUCCAUGUCAACCUCCUCGGUGCCAUCUACACCAUCAACAGCUUUCUGCCGUUGAUUCGUAAUGGGCAAGAGAAGAAGAUUGUCUAUAUCACGUCCCCAUCCGGGGAUGCAAAAUUCACCCGUGCCUGCAGUGUGACUGUGACCCUGGGGUACAGCAUCAGUAAAGCGGGGAUGAACCUCAUGAUCGCAAAGUACGCCGCCGAGCUGGCGGGCGAAGGAAUCAAAACCCUGGCUCUAAGCCCCGGCUGGGUCGAUACGGACGGAAGUAAGUCCCCCUCCCUUGCCGUGCAAAGCAAUGAUUUGGUCCGGUGGGCUGAUUUUUACCCCGUCACGUCAGCCCGCGACAUGGCCCCAACGGAGGAAUACCUUCAAUUGGCCCUGCAGGCGUUCCAAAAGUUAAAUCCGAAUAUAACGAGACUGCUCACAACGGAGGAGUCCGUCCAGCAGCAGCUCGAGGUGAUCAAUAAAUUGACAGCCGAGCAGAGCGGCCUGGCCUUGUCCCACCACGGCGAUGAAAAUUGGCUAUGA